ACGUCAAACAGGUACAGAUGUCAAGUAUGGGGAUGAGACUUUUUUUUUCGCCAGCAAAUUUGUGUCUGACUCGUCCGGGUUUUUUUUGUAGUGUAUUCCCGUGUGUGUUUUGUGGACCAUUUUGAGGGGUGCCGCACCGUGUAACAGACUGUAGCCUGGAGAAUCGUUUUCCACCGGGCCUCAAUCGAGCAGCAGGGCUGUGAAAGUGCCGAGACACCUACUUGCCUCCUCCCUUACACCUUGCGGUUGCGGUUGUCCUGUGUUGACACCGUACGUGUGCACAAAAACACAGCAGCAGCAGCAGCAGCAGUGCGAAUAAUGGGUGGACUGUUUAGCUACUUCCGGGGGUUGCUGGGGAGCCGGGAGAUGCGGAUACUGAUACUCGGGCUGGACGGCGCCGGCAAGACGACGAUACUGUACCGGCUGCAGGUGGGCGAGGUCGUGACCACAAUACCGACGAUCGGCUUCAACGUGGAGCAGGUGACGUACAAAAACCUUAAAUUCCAAGUGUGGGACCUCGGCGGACAGACCAGCAUACGACCCUAUUGGCGUUGUUAUUACAGCAACACAGACGCCAUCAUCUAUGUGGUGGAUUCCGCCGAUAAGGAUAGGAUAGGCAUAUCAAAAGAUGAGCUACUCUACAUGUUAAGGGAAGACGAACUUGCCGGAGCAAUACUGGUCGUGCUGGCCAACAAGCAGGACAUGGAGGGGUGCAUGAGCGUGGCGGAGGUGCACCAAGCGCUCGGGCUGGAAGCGCUGAAAAACCGAACGUUCCAAAUAUUCAAAACAUCCGCCACCAAAGGGGAAGGCCUCGACCAGGCGAUGGACUGGCUGUCGAACGCGUUACAGGCGCGGAAAUAGCUCCGGCAACAGCAGCUGGACCCCGUUUUUUCCCAUUUUUUCCUUCGCCCCAAACGCUACCUAAACCCCCUGUUCCCUUUCACUCCCCCUCUAUUAUCAUUCUUACCUGCCCACUGACGCUGCCGGUUCGCUGCAGGAUGGUGCGUUUCGCCAUCAACGGCCUCGUGGCGUGCGGCGUGUGAACGAUGUGUGUAGCUCGUAAGUUUUUCGUGAGCAAGAUGCAGUGCGCGAUUUCUGUUGUAGAUUAGAGAUUGGGGGUUAUUACACUUUGCCCCCUUCCAGCGACCUUCGGAUCCCUUUCUAUGCAAGAUUACUUUAGACGACGCGAUGCGCGACAAACACAUUAGAUACGCGCUAUGGCAUACAUAUAUACAUUACCGAGAGAUGGGACAGCCCAACCGUUUGCUUUCCAAGCCACACACACCCACGAAAAAAGCUUUCCUUUUGUCCCAUGCUGCUGGGUGUUAAUAUACUUUCCUGUUCGUUUCCCCUAGCAACAGGCGAGGGCAAAUUCCCGCUUUAUAUGCGCAACACGGUUCGCUUCAAAAUGGAGCAGGUGCAUCAUCGCCGCUUGCUCUUCAGACCAUUCUUGCAAUAUGCUUUUACCGGACGACGAUCCCGAAUCAGCACCAUUUGCCAGUUUCCUUUGCUCCCCUUCCAGUCACAGUCAGUCAUUAGAAUUGACAAAAAUCGGCGUUUAACGGUGGUGGCAGCAGCGGAACGGACAACGGAACGAAAAUGAGCGCGCGCGCGUUUAGAUUGAAAAGCAUUAAUUUUAUAUUUAAAAAGAAAAAAGUAUGUACCAUUAAACAAAUAUUAUACAAGACGGAUUUAAGUUCACAAGUGAA